CGUGCGUGAUCAGAAAUAAUAAUUAUUACAGCACUGCCGCCCCCACCCCUUCUGCUGCUGCUACUGCACCGUGCGCCGCGCCGUGCUACUGCAGCACUUUUGUUUUUUUCGGGCGCCGCACCCCACCGUCUUCAGUGUCGACGUCACGUGGACCCAGCAGGCGCCCGUUCCAAACGCGCUGGGAAUCAGUGCUUCUCCGCUUCCGGCACGUUUUAUUGGGCUUUUGGCGGCCGCUCUCGGAAGGGGAUGAAACCGUGAUCUGUUGAGGCCUUGGAGAUGCGUGGGGAGCCGCGCCCUGUCCGGUCAACCCCCGGGAGUCGUGCAUCAAGGAGCUGGGGUCGCACCUGCUGCAGACACUCGACGGCUUCAUAUUCGUGGUGGCUCCGGACGGCAAGAUCAUGUACAUCUCUGAGACGGCAUCUGUGCAUCUCGGACUUUCGCAGGUGGAGCUUACGGGCAACUCCAUGUACGAGUACAUCCACCCAGCAGACCACGACGAAAUGACAGCCGUCCUCAGCGUUCACCAGCCGCUGCAUGCUGACAACAACAGCCCUGAGCUGGAGAUUGAGAGGGCGUUCUUCCUCCGGAUGAAAUGUGUCCUCGCGAAAAGGAACGCUGGGCUCACCACCGCUGGUUACAAGGUAAUACACUGUUCUGGGUACCUGAAGGUGAAGCAGGUAGCCACGAGCACGUCUCCCUACGAAGCAUGCUACCAGAACGUGGGUUUGGUCGCGGUUGGGCACUCGCUGCCGCCAUCUGCUAUCACCGAGAUCAAGCUGCACUCCAACAUGUUCAUGUUCAGAGCUUCGCUGGACCUCAAGCUCAUCUUCCUCGAUGCAAGGGUUUCUCAACUCACAGGCUACGAGCCACAGGACCUCAUCGAGAAGACGCUGUAUCAAUAUAUCCAUGGCUGUGACAUAAUGCAUAUGAGAUUUUCACAUCAUACAUUACUCUUCAAGGGCCAGGUGACGACCAAGUACUUCCGGUUUCUAACUAAAGGUGGCGGCUGGGUGUGGAUGCAGAGCUACGCGACCAUCGUGCACAAUUCGAGAUCAUCGCGACCGCACUGUAUUGUGUCGGUCAAUUAUGUUCUCAGCGAGUCGGAGGCUACAGACCUGGUGAUGAACAUGGAGCAGAUCCGCGGCCCGGUGGCGCCCGUGGGCCCAACGACGUCCUCCGCGGCCCGCGAAGUCGUCGAGCCGCCAGUGUGCCUGCCGGUGGUGACCCCGGUGACGGCGCCGUCCUCUCUGUCCUCCAGCGGUACCGGCGGCGACUCGCAGGCCGUUUCCUCGCAGGCGUCGCAGGCGGCGUCGUCCCCACUCUCGCAGGGCUCUUCGCCGCAGCCCCCAGAGCACAUGAGCGUGAACCCCCUGGUGCGGCCCGCCCCCGGUUCGCCGGCGUGCCCGCGGCCAGCCAAGUUUGCCCGGCUCGACGUCUCGGCCUCCGCUGUCCCCUCGGCCGCCGUCGCCCCCACCCCGGUGACCCUCCUCACCCACGUGCAGGCCGAGCCCCCGCACGCGCCACCCCUCGCGCCGCAGCAGCCGGCCAGCCUCCCGGGCGACGACGAGUACAGCGACAGCUCCGUUGGGCUCAGCGGCGGCCAGGGCGCCGCGCUCUCGUACUUCAUACCGUACGAGGACACCGUCAGCAGCAGCGGACCCCCGCCCCCUUCCUAUUCGUACCACCACGAGCUGAGCUGUUGGUACCCAGACCAGGGGGAACUGGCAAUGACCCCCGGGACCCUGCAGCCUUUACCGCUGCCUCAGCAGCACCCGCAGCAGCGCCCUUACAGCUCCUCCUCCAGCUCGUGCUCGUCCACGGAGAGCGACCACCAGCAGGCCGCCGCUUCGGCACCGGCGGUGCCGCACAUCACCGCCCUCCCGUACGCCUCGGACCAACACCAAACCUUCGCCGGUCUGCCUUGCCACUUCACCACAAACAACAACGACCACAACACCAGCAACAACAACAUCAUGUCCCCGACGCUCCAACAUCACCAGCAGCACCACAACCACCACCACCACCACAACCACCACACGACUACUUCCCCGCACCACCACCAUCUCCACCAUCACCACCACCAUCUGGAUGUCGGGGUAGGCGUUGGGGUCGGAGUGGGCCUCACUUCAAGCGGGCACCAAGACUAUCAGGACUACACCAAGAACGCCCUGCACCACCAGCCACCGGGCUACACUAGCGUAAUCGUAGACGCACAGCAGUACGUCAACGAGUACGUGCACUAGAACGCUCUGGGCGUACCCCACAAACUCUUGACAAUAAUUUUAUUUCAAAAUUUAUGUUGAUGGUUUUGGCGAGAUUGGUGUGAGGUCCAACUGAUGAUGACUGGCGAGUUGUGUCGAUCUGCGCUUUCUAGUCCUGGGUGAUGUGUUGAUGUCGGCUGUCAGGGUGACUGUGUCGGCUGCGCCUCGCCAUCCAGCACGCGAAGCCUUGCACCACCCUGCAUAUCAAACUCAUUAUCAAUAAGAAGCUUGACCAUUGGUGGGUGCCGGCCAUGAGGUGUCCGUGCAGCAUGUAUGAGGAAUGGGUAUGGAAGACACAAGUUUGGAAUAACAUGAGUUUCCAUGCUCUUGUCUCAUAUUUUGUCGGAUUGACUUUCUUGUAGGCCCGCCUUCACGACAUUGGUUUUAAAGCAGUGAUAUAACUUAGUUAUUAAUAAAAUAGGUGAAUAAUUUUAUUUCUUUCUUAUUUUAAAAGAAAAGACAUGUGAUGUUUUGCGCCCGAGACGUACUAUUCAACAAAUAAAUGGUCCGGCGCAUUUUUAUGGGUAAAAACGCUCCCUUAGGCCCUAUUGACUGGAAGAACCUCGUAUCUAUGGUACUUACAUCACCCGAAAACAUGCUUGUAUUUAAAUCACCAUCAUUUUGAUGACAGCUGAGCCUGGAGCUCAUAAGUGAAAUUGUUAAAAUGGAAUACUGCUGCAUCUACACCAGAACCUGGAGAUCAGCAACAUUUUUUUUAUCUUCCUGAUAGAAAAUGCAUCAGUAUUUUUCAUUGUACAGUUCCCUCCAACCAAGAACGUAUCAUGUAUCAUCUACUUCAUAUCAAAAAAGUACCUGAAAAGUGAAAAAAAUGUUCAUCUCUGGAUAAACUGUAAAUCAGAAAAAAAUCUACAUCAUAGAUAAACAGUACCUUUUGGAUCCUGUAACAUAUCUUUCAAGCUGUUAGCAGGUGUUGUUAGUUGGCGAGUGUGUCUUUGCAUUUUACGUACUUUAGUUUUAAUUAGUAUAUUAACCAAUUGUAACCAAAGAAGUGGCACCUCAUUCAAAAUUGCAGGUUUGCACAUUUUAGCAAUUGCAAAGAAUGUUGGUUAAUUUAUCACUCGUCCAGUUGCAAAUGUCAGUCAUUAUUUGAGUCCAUUGUGGAAUUUUCGUUUGACCUUAAUUUAAUUUUCAGCAUAGAAAAGGAAAUCCUACAGGUUUGUCUUAAUUACAAUUCUCUUUGAAAAAGGGAUGAUGUACUCAUUGAUGAGGUAAAGAAAAUCAAUUGUUUGUUUCCAUGAAUUUAAAUGAGUUUUCCACAAUUUGACAGCAUUCUAUAUCAAAGAAACACAAACAUCUUAGUCAUUAUUUUUUUUUGUUCGCGUGUUAUAACGUGCCAUUGUGAAGAUAAUUAAAAUACCCAUCACUAUGUUGAUAUUGAGAUUAUGUUUCUGUAAAUAUUUGCCAAAUGAAAUGAGUGUAUUUCAUGUACAUAAAAUAAUGUAUUCUGAUUAGAGUGUACAUUUUGUAUUGUUCAAAGUUAUUAAGAUUUUAAAGAAUGUGAUAUAUACAUUACAAUAUUAUGUCUUCCAUUUUAAA